GGGUUUUAUAUAGAUAGAUUUAAGGUGGACAUUGUGCUGAUGCCACUUUUCUUUCUACUUAAUAGGGAGAAAGAACCAGAAACACAAAAAGAGGAACGUUUGAUGGAAGAAAAGAAAAAGAAAAAGCAGGAAGAAAAGAAAAAGAAGGAAGGUGCUCAGAAAAAGGCUGCUGAUCAAAAAACCAAAGUGCCAGAACCUACCAAGACCUGUUCCAGCCAGCCCCAGCCUGCCGGUACCGGGACCAGUACUCCCACCAGCACUCUCUCCAGCAGCAGCAAUGGCAAGCGCGCACCUGCCGGCGGCCAGCAGCCAGCUGUGUCCCGCUACCUGCCUCGUGAGGUGCCUCCACGCUUCCGCCAGCAGGAACAGAAGCAGCUACUGAAGCGAGGCCAGCCAUUGCCCACGGGGGCUCUGACCAGUGCGAGCCCCACCCAGGGCGCUGGGCCUGCCGGGGUGAGCCCUCCUCCCCUCCCUGGAGCCGGAGCACAGCAGCAGCCCAGCAAGCUCCAGCCAGAUCUCAGCCGCGGCGGGUUGGCAGAGCAUUAUGAAAGUCCGCACUGGGCACCGCAGCCUGCUUUCCGGAGUGAAGCCAGCUGCCCCUGGGAUCAAGUGAUCAUAGACAGGACUGACCAGGAGGCGUGGCCUUCCAUCCCCGGGGCCGAGCCGGAGGCGGCCUCAGAAUGCACUGUGGACGCUGACGCUGCCCCCCACGCCCCCCACGGCGGCUCGGAGAACAGCAGCAUGGCGACAGGGAGCGCCCCAGGCAGCUUCACCGGGCACGCCAAGAAGACCAAUGGCAAUAACAGCACCAACGGCGCACUGGUCCAGAGCCCUCCGAACCCCAGUGCCCUGGGCGCAGGGGGCAGCAACGGCAGCAGCAGUGCGGCCAGAGUGUGGGGCGUAGCCGCGGGCUCCAGCUCCGGCCUCGCCCACUGCGCGCUGGGCGCCGCGGAAGGGAAAAUGGACAGCGUGCUUGCCGAGGGGAGAAGUCAGAACUGCUGGGGCGCUUCCAGCCCCAACGCUGGCAUGAACCUCAACCUCAACCCGAGCGCCAACCCAGCUGCCUGGCCUGUGCUCGGACAUGAAGGAACGGUGGCCACAGGCACCCCUUCCAGUAUUUGCAGUCCAGUCAGUGCCAUAGGUCACGGCGUGGGCAACCAGAACGGGAACCCGCCGGGCACGCUGGGUGCGUGGGGGAGCUUGCUGCCGCCGGAGAGCUCAGAGCCACAAACGCCCACUUCGCAGAAUGUAUCUUUGAGCGCACAGCCUCAGAACCUUACCACUGAUGGACCAAACAACACUAACCCCGCGAGCCCCUCGCCAAACCCUGCCAAUGCAAUGCAGACCAACGGGCUGCCCACCUGGGGCCUGGCCGUCGGCAUGGGGGCUGUCAUCCCGCCCCACCUGCAAGGCCUUCCUGGUGCUAACGGGUCGUCAGUCUCUCAAGUCGGUGGGGGCGGUGAAGGAAUCGGCAGUUCUGUGUGGGGACUGUCCCCAGGCAGCCCUGCCACCGGAAAUAGCAAUUCUGGGUUCAGUCAGGGGAAUGCAGACACUGUGAACUCAGCAUUAAGUGCUAAACAGAAUGGAUCCAGCAGUGCUGUGCAAAAGGAAGGGAAUGGGGGGACCGCCUGGGACUCGGGGCCUCCCGCUGGCCCUGGGAUCCUCGCCUGGGGGAGGGGCCGUGGCAAUAACAGCGUGGGGGGUAUCCAUUCAGGAGCGUGGGGCCACCCCAGCCGCAGCACCGCCAACGGUGUGAAUGGGGAGUGGGGAAAGCCCCCAAACCAGCAUUCCAGUGGUGACGUCAGUGGGAAAGCAUCAACAGGGUGGGACAGUCCCGGUGUCGGCAGCCAGAACCCGGCCCUGCAGCCUGGCGGUGAGCACGGGAGCUCGUGGGCCAAGGCCGCCCCUUCCGGAGCCCCGGCGAGCGAAGGCAGCAGCGAGGGCUCUGGCGGCCACAGUGAAGGAGGUGCCGGGAGGGAAGGGGCCGAAGGCCGGAGGCGAGAGAAAGGGGUUCUAGACCAAGGGCACAUCCAGUUGCCAAGGAACGACCUUGACCCGAGAGUGCUGUCCAAUACUGGCUGGGGACAGACUCCUGUGAAGCAAAACACUGCCUGGGAAUUUGAAGAGUCCCCGAGGUCGGAGCGAAAGAAUGACAACGGCACGGAGGCCUGGGGCUGUGCGGCUCCGCAGCCUUCACACUCAGGGGGGAAGAACGAUGGGCCCGUCAUGAACAGUACAAAUACCUCUUCAGUAUCGGGGUGGGUCAGCUCGCCGCCUGCUGCUGGGCCAGCAAACACAGGCUGGGGGGACAGCAGCGCCAGAGCGCCAAAUGGCCCCGGGGUUUGGGGGGACUCCAUCAGCUCUGCUGCUGUUCCUAACGCUGCUGCUGCCAAGAGUGGCCACGCUUGGAGUGGGACCGCGAGGCAGGAGGACAAGUCACCCACCUGGGGUGAGCCCCUCAAGCCCAAGUCUCAGAACUGGGGGGACGGACAGAAGCCCAGUCCAGCCUGGAGCGCAGGAGGCGGGGACUGGGCCGACCCGUCUUCCGUCCUUGGGCACCUGGGGGAUGGGAAGAAAACUGGCUCUGGGUGGGAUGCUGACGGGAGCCGGUCAGGGUCCGGCUGGAGUGAUGCUCCCCGGCCUGGGACCGGGGGCUGGGGCAACGGCACGAAUACAAAGGCGAAUCCAGGGGCAAACUGGGGAGAGUCUUUGAAACCCGGCCCCCAACAGAACUGGGCAAGCAAGCCCCAGGACAGCAGCAUGAGUAACUGGGGAGGGGCCGCUUCCGUUAAACAGACAGGGACGGGGUGGAUCGGGGGGCCCGUCCCUGUCAGACAGAAGGACGGCAGCGAGGCCACGGGCUGGGAAGAACCUUCUCCCCCGUCCAUUCGACGCAAAAUGGAGAUUGAUGAUGGUACCUCAGCUUGGGGAGACCCGAGCAGCUACAACAACAAAGCUGUCAACAUGUGGGACAGAAACAACCCGGGCCUCCAGGGCAGCGCCACGGCCGCCAGCACCGCCGCCAGCAGCAGUGCCAACGCGGGCGACAUGCCAGCGCCGCACCCCGCCAGCGCCCCGCUGACCCGAUCGCCGCUGCUCGGCCCAGUUUCCUCGGGCUGGGGAGAGAUGCCCAACAUUCACUCCAAGGCUGAGAACUCCUGGGGAGAGCCUGCCUCCCCGUCCACCCUGGUGGAUAACGGCACCGCAGCGUGGGGCAAGCCGCCCAGCAGCGGCAGCGGAUGGGGAGACCAGCCCGCCGAGCCGGCCGUGCCGUUCGGGAGAGCCGGGGUGCCUGCCGCCACCCCAGCCCUGUGCAAACCAGCUUCAAAAUCUAUGCAAGAAGGCUGGGGCAGUGGUGGGGACGACAUGAGCCUCGGCCCCAGUCAGUGGGAUGACGAAGAAGGGGGCAUGUGGAACAGUGCUGCCUCCCAGGAAAGCUCCUCCUCCUGCAGCUCCUGGGGGAACGCCCCCAAAAAAGGACUCCAAAAGGGCAUGAAGACAUCUGGCAAACAGGACGAGGCCUGGAUCAUGAACCGGCUCAUCAAACAACUCACCGACAUGGGCUUCCCGAGAGAGCCAGCUGAAGAGGCCUUGAAGAGUAAUCACAUGAACCUUGACCAGGCCAUGAGUGCUCUGCUGGAAAAGAAGGUGGACAUGGACAAGCGUGGACUGGGGGUGACCGACUACAAUGGGAUGGUCACCAAGCCCCUUGGCUGCCGCCCACCAAUCUCCAAAGAGUCUUCCGUGGACCGCCCCGCCUUUCUUGAUAAGGACGGCGGCCUCGUGGAAGAGCCCACGACUUCACCAUUUUUGCCUUCGCCAAGCCUGAAGCCCCCCCUUUCAAACAGUGCACUCCCCAAUCAGGCCCUGGGCGGGAUUGCCUCAGGGCUGGGCAUGCAAAACUUGAAUUCUUCUCGACAGAUACCGAGUGGCAAUCUGGGCGUGUUUGGCAGCAGCGGAGCAGCACAAGCCAGGACCCUGCAGCCGCCGCCGCCGCCCGGGCCGCCGCUGAACCCCUCCCAGCCCAGUCUCCGUGCGCAAGUGCCUCAGUUUCUAUCCCCUCAGGUUCAAGCACAGCUUUUGCAGUUUGCAGCAAAAAACAUUGGUCUCAACCCUGCACUAUUAACCUCGCCAAUUAACCCUCAGCAUAUGACGAUGUUGAACCAGCUCUAUCAGCUGCAGCUGGCAUACCAACGUUUACAAAUCCAGCAGCAGAUGCUACAGGCCCAGCGGAAUGUGUCCGGACCCAUGAGACAGCAGGAGCAGCAAGUCGCGCGUACAAUCACUAACCUGCAGCAGCAGAUCCAGCAGCAGCAGCGCCAGCUGGCCCAGGCCCUGCUCGUGAAGCCCCCGCCGCCCCCGCCGCACCUGUCUCUGCACCCCUCUGCAGGCAAAUCGGCCAUGGACAGCUUCCCCCCGCACCCCCAGGCCCCCGGCCUGCCCGACCUGCAGACCAAAGAGCAGCAGUCUUCGCCCAACACCUUUGCUCCUUACCCUCUCGCUGGACUGAACCCAAACGUGAAUGUCAGCAGCAUGGACAUGACGGGCGGCCUGGCGGUGAAGGACCCGUCUCAGUCCCAGUCGCGCCUCCCGCAGUGGACACACCCCAACCCGAUGGAUAACGUCUCCGGUGCUGCUUCUCCUCUCGACCAGAACCCCGGCAAGCACGGUGCUAUCCCUGGAGGUCUGAGCAUUGGGCCUCCAGCUAAGUCCUCCAUUGACGACUCCUAUGGCCGGUACGAUUUAAUCCAGAACAGCGAGUCACCAGCCAGUCCUCCAGUAGCGGUCCCCCAUAGCUGGUCACGUGCCAAAUCCGACAGUGACAAAAUCUCAAAUGGCUCCAGCAUCAACUGGCCCCCAGAAUUUCAUCCUGGAGUUCCGUGGAAAGGACUUCAGAACAUAGAUCCCGAGAAUGACCCUGACGUCACGCCUGGAAGUGUCCCCACUGGGCCGACCAUCAACACCACCAUUCAGGACGUCAACCGCUACCUCCUCAAGAGCGGCGGUAAACUAUCAGACAUGAAAUCGACGUGGUCCUCCGGCCCCGCCUCCCACACGCAAGCCUCUCUGUCUCACGAGCUGUGGAAGGUGCCCAGAAACACUACUGCACCCACAAGGCCACCUCCAGGGCUGACCAACCCCAAGCCUUCCUCCACCUGGGGAGCCAGCCCCCUCGGCUGGACCAGCUCUUACUCCUCGGGUUCUGCUUGGAGCACCGACACCUCAGGAAGGACCAGCAGCUGGCUCGUUCUCCGCAACCUCACGCCCCAGAUCGAUGGCUCCACCCUCCGGACGCUGUGCCUGCAGCACGGGCCGCUCAUCACAUUCCACCUGAACCUGACGCAAGGCAACGCCGUGGUCCGGUACAGCUCCAAGGAGGAAGCCGCCAAGGCCCAGAAGUCCCUGCACAUGUGUGUUCUGGGAAACACUACCAUCUUGGCCGAGUUUGCUGGCGAAGAAGAAGUGAACCGUUUCCUAGCGCAAGGCCAGGCGCUGCCGCCCACCUCCAGCUGGCAGUCCAGCAGCGGGACCAGCCAGGCGCGGCUGGGGGCCUCGGGCAGCGCCCACGGCCUGGUGCGGAGCGACGCCGGCCACUGGACCGCCCCGUGCCUGGCCAGCAAGGGGAGCAGCGACCUGCUGUGGGGCGGGGUUCCCCAGUACUCCAGCAGCCUGUGGGGCCCGCCCAGCAGCGACGACGCCAGGGUGAUCGGGAGCCCCACCCCGCUGAACACUCUGCUCCCCGGCGACCUCCUUAGUGGGGAGUCCAUCUAGGCCCGAGGACCGUGGGCACCAGUCAUCAGCACUAGGAAGCAAAGCUGGCCCUCUCCAGCCCGGCGGCGUGCGGGCCGCUGGCCCCGCAGCCCGCAGCCCUUCCAUGUACCUCUGUCCAGUACUGAAGACGAACCCUGCGCAGCCCUUGCGAACUGUUCCCGAGACAGUGCGGGCUGCGCCCAGUGUCACAUGCUAAUGACAGGAUGUUCUCAUAGCUUUUUAUUUUGUGUUGUCUUAUAUUUGUACGGUGUGUUGUCAUUUUGAUUUUUUAAGUAUAAAAGCUGCUUAGAAUAGUUCUAUCAUGAAGGGCACUUUUCAGAUUGUGGGCUGGAAAGGGUUAUUUUAUCAAGGGGGGCGGGAGGGAGGGAGACGAGAAAGCCUAUUUAACGAGCCUGUGACGAUUAUGCACAUUACCAGAGGCGGACCCCGUAAUCAGGGGAGCUGGCGUUCACGGGCGAGCGGCCGCGGCCUCCGGGCGGCCCCACGGCGAGCCGAGCGGCAGGCCGGUCUGCGAAGUCCUCUGUCCCCACGGAUCCGCCUAUGCACAUUACCCUUGUUCCAUUACUUUUUCAUGUCAUUUUUUUUAUCCCAAAAAAUAUUUUUUAAAAGUUGAAAAAAAAGACAUAUCAAACAUGCAAAUACUUGAAUCCAGCAGGCCAAUACGCAAUGUGAACACUCAGUGUAACCCACACCCAGGUCGGCGGCGGGCGCACCGGCUCCGGAGCUGCCACGGUCACAGCCACGGCCGGCGCGCGUCGGAACCAGCGUGUGUGCGCCCCUCCUGUGUUGGCGUGCCGCGCGUGAGGGACUUCACUGUGGGUUUCCUUUUAUUCAGUAUAUGCGUUUGUUGGCGCAUUGGUCAAAUGUUCGUUACUAUUAGCUUCUAACUUUGCACUGAGUGUCCCCGCCCUUCCUCAGCUCAUCCUACACGUUAACGAGAACUCGUGGGACAGGGCCGGCGACAAUUCACGUGUAAAUGUUUACUCAAGGACUCUGUUACCGCGUUUAAAGCUACAGUGUGUAUCUCUGGAGAAAUAAUAUGUGCACCUACCUUUAGCAGCUGUUGUGGACUAAUACUGCGAGAGAACUAUUACCAGAGCAUUGCACCGUUUUCCAUUGGGAAUAGAACGUGAACAAGCAAACGUGUGGACUGUGGCCAUAGAUACUUGUGAGGGUGGGUUCCGCGCAGGAACGGAGACAAGCACUUGGACUGGGUGGUGACUGCUUCGGAGGAGCCCAUGGCGGGGGCUCCCACCUGUUUACAGACCUUUUUUCUCCUUCAGACUUUAAAGUAAAAAAAUUUUAAAAAGGAAUUUAAAAAAAAAAAAAGAAAAAAAAAAGACUUCCGUCGUAAGACGCCUAUUUUCCGAUGCGGACGCGCUACUUCAGAGCUCUGGGAUUGGCAGUGUUCUCCCUCCGGCAUCGUCGCGGACUCUGUCGCGCCCCUCCCGGGACGGGGCGCUGUGCUCACUGUCUUGCACAUGCGGAAGCGCUCUCAGGAAGCCAGGGUUCCGAGGGGCAGCUCCACACCGUUCCAUGUAUUUUGUAACCCAACUCCUAGCACUGAAGAUGUUAUAAAAAACAAAAAAAUAAGAAAAAAAGAAAAAAGAGGAAAAAAACUCAAAGAAGAAAAAUACCUAAUCUCUAAUGUGUAGCAGUUACAUAUUUACCAAAUAACGGACUCAGAAGACAUAGGUGUUUGAAGAGUGCUUUAUAUAUUAAAAAUCGCUUUAUGUUUUAAAAAUGAUCAAUGUUUUCAUUGUUUUGCAAGAAAGAAAGACAAUGGAGUAACAUACCCUCAAGUAUGUUUAAAACAUACGAACAUUGUGCUCCCUCCUGCUCGGUCAGGAAACGUGCAUUACAUUUUUUUUAAUUCGCUUUUUAAUGGUUUUAUCAAAACAAAACAACAAAAGAAAAAAAAAAAAGGAAGAAGCAGGUCCUGUGAAGUCGCAGGCCCACAGAGCUGGUUUCCUAGCGGAUCACGAACUAUGCACAGACUGGGGCCAGGCCUGUCGGCCCAGGAGUGUCAGCGAAACAGCCUUCCUCGGGGCGCCGCCCCGCACCCUCUGUAUUUGAUGUAUGUGUCCCCGCAUAUGUAUAUCAAAUAUACGUGCGCCGACAGCCCGGCCGCGUCCACCAAGCCGAGUUGUAGAAAACGCCGAGGUUUGAACAGCGCGGAUGGAAGUAAAGAAUCUGUCUGUUUCUGUUUUCCGUUGGGGGGGGGGGGGUGGUGUUGUUUUGACCUUUUAUUUUGAAGAUGUUUGUAACAGAUUAAGAAACAAGUUUGUGGCUUUUAAUGUUUUUCCUCAUAGAAUGUGAUUGUUGAAGAAUACGCACCGAAAGUUGCUUUCAAAAGUACAACGCUUUGUUGAAUCUUAAUAAAUGGCAAUUUCUUUCUUGGCUA